UCUAAACAGAGAGCAGAGGAGAGGGUGCCAAUGGAUGGGGCGAAGAAGCUCGUAAAGGUGUGGGCAUUGGUGAUAGCGUCCCUCUGUUACUGCUUCUUCGUCGGAAAAUUGGUUCCAAAAGGCAUAAAAAGGCUGCUUCUGGUAGCCCCUGUUGUCUUCGCCUUCUUCCUCGUUCCUCUCCACAUCUCUUCCGUUCAUUUCGGCGGCAUUACCGCCUUCUUUGUCGCUUGGCUCGCCAAUUUCAAGCUCUUGCUCUUCGCUUUCGGACGCGGCCCUCUCUCUCCCGACCCCAUACCUCACUCUCUUCCUAUUUUCUUAGCUGUCUCUUGCUUGCCCAUCAAGAUUCGGGUAGACCCUGAUUCGACCGGAAAUGAUCACGAUCCAUCUCGGGUAUCCCAUCUCCACACCAAACCCAAGUCAGAGAGAGGCCCAGAUGGGACCGGAAAACCAAAAUCCCGGGAGGGUCCCCUGAACUACACCAUAAAGGCGUUGCUUUUGGUGCUUUUCCUGAAAGCAUACGAUUACAGCGAGAGAAUGCCUCGUAAGGCUGUGUUGGCGCUCUACGCCCUCCACGUCUACUUCAUCCUUGAGUUGAUCUUGGCAGCCGCUGCGGCCGGGGGUCGAGCCACGUUAGGUCUGGAGCUGGAGCCUCAGUUCAAGGAGGCAUACCUCGCCACGUCUCUUCAAGAUUUCUGGGGAAGACGAUGGAACCUGAUGGUAUCCAGCAUCCUUCGGCCGACCGUCUACGAGCCGUCUCUGCGGCUGUUCUCCUCCGUGUUGGGCAAGAUGCGGGCCCCGCUCCCUGCGGUCUUCAGCACCUUCGUGGUGUCGGCGCUGAUGCACGAGCUAAUCUUCUACUACAUGGGGCGGCUGAGGCCGGCAUGGGAGCUGACGUGGUUCUUCUUAAUACACGGGAUCUGUACGACGGUGGAGAUCGCCGUCAAGAAGGCCAUCGGUGGCAGGUGGCGGUUCCCGACGGCGGUGGCGAGGAUGUUGACGGUAGGGUUCGUGAUGGCGACGGCGUUGUGGUUGUUCUUGCCGGAGUUUGAGCGCUGCAAGAUUGCUGACAAGGCGUUUGAGGAAUACAAGGCGUUAGGCGCCAUUCUGGACCUCAUCACCCAAGGCCUUCUGGGCUCUGCUACUGCUACUGCUACAACUUGAAUUGUUGGUGGGAACCAUUUUCAUCCUGGCCCAUUGUUAAUCAUGUGUACGGAAUGGAAGUAAUAUCUGGUUAAUGUAAUCUUAGAUUUUGUCACUAUUUAGACAGGAAUGACUCAAGACUCUCUACUUC